UCCCCAUUUUUCUAUCUGUGCAUCGUCUCAUUUCUUAUCUAUAUACUGACGGAAGAGUUCAGUUGAAGUUUUGGUAAAUCUUUUAUAAUGGAAGAAUUGAAUAAUAAGAGAUUGCGAGAGGAAACAGAGGAGAUUGAAUCAGAAGUCGAUUUCCCAGAGGUGAAGAGGCUGAGGGAGGAUCUACUGGAAAGUUUGGAUGAAGAGACAGAUUUUUGUCCAUCGAGUCAAGAUCUGGACUCAUUCAUGAAGAGCUUUGAGGAGGAAAUAACAGCUUCGCCGAAGGUGGAGGUAGAGGUGGAGGAAGUGGUGGAUCUGACGUCAGAUUCCGGCGAGUCUCAGCCCGAGCUGGGGUACUUGUUGGAAGCGUCUGACGACGAGCUUGGGCUUCCACCAUCUUCCGCAUCUCCUAGUGGGGUGGAGAAUGAGCAAAGAAAUGAGUUACUCCAAUUUGAGUCUGACUCGUCGGAACUCAGUAGCGAGUUUUCGUGGCUGGAUGGAGAAAUCCCGAGUUUUGACUCGUUCGAGCUUGGAUUUGUCGAUACGGAGAACCAUAGCGGCAAUAAUGGCGAAUAUGUAGCCCUGGACGGGUUGUUCGAUAAUUCGGGUAUGGGUUUCGGGUCAAAUGACUUUGCAUGGAGACCCGAAACAUCAUUACCUGCACAAAUCUAGGCAAAGAAUAUUGUAAAGGUUUCACAUUUUUUUGUUUAAUUUUAUACUUUUUAAGCAGCAGAAGCAGAGAACGUUUUGGGAUUAUAAAAAAUUGGAUAAAAAUAUACUGAUUUAAAAUGAAAUGUUUGUGUCUCC